AAGAGAGCAUCCAGACGCACCCGGCUUCUUGUCCGCGUAAAGCGCCUUCCACUCUGUUGUCGGUAUGUCAUUACAAUGGUUUUGCAGACGGUGAGGAACGCGAUGUUAUAUGUUCGUGGUUUCUCCAGAAAUGUUUUGUGGCAACGACUCACUGCAACAGUUUGAAGAAACGAUGCUGUGAAAGUACGCGGUCGUCGUCGUUUGCCGGCUUUAUCAUCCGCAUCAGUGUCACUUCUACGAAAACGCUCGGUCGUUAAGGAAGUUGCGCGGACACAAAUUUUAGAUUUUAUUUUAUUUUUUUCGUGAUGUGAGGCUUGCUUUAGUCGGUUCGUUUGCGGCUGGUCGUCGAAGGAGCGACGGGGGGAGGAGAGACGGACAGUCGACGUGGUUCACCGAGCAGGAUCUGCUGCUGCUGUUCGCCCACUCGCCACCAAAAACAUGCACCUGAAGGACCCGCAGGUGACACCUCUGUUCACGGACGUGCUCUGCCAGUGUCGAUCCACGGACAGCCAUCCUGUUCUGGAGGACGCCUCUUCAGCAUCAGCAUCGAAAUCGGCCAAACGGACGCCGGUGGUCGAGCCGUGCCAUAACGUCCAUCACUGUGACGUGUGCGGGGAACCGGAGCAGGAACACCGACUGAAGGUUCUGUUCCAGGUCCUGGACGUGAACCGUGAUGGGGGCAUCUGUGUCAACGACCUCACAAUUGGACUCAAGAAGCUGGGAGUCCAUCGGACUGAACAUGAGCUCAUGAAAAUAGUGAAAGCUGGAGACAAAGAUAUGGACGGGCAGCUGGACUUUGAGGAAUUUGUGCACUAUCUUCGAGAUCACGAGAAGAAACUGCGGCUGGUAUUCAAGAGUCUGGACAGAAAGAAUGAUGGUCAGAUCGACUCGCAGGAAAUCAUGCAGUCGCUGCGUGACCUGGGAGUCAGCAUCUCGAAGGAGCAAGCGGAGAAAAUACUGAAAAGAAUAAGGAGGGGUCAUAUCUGGGCCCCUAUCUUGUAUAUGGACAAAAAUGGAACAAUGACCAUCGACUGGAAUGAGUGGCGGGAUUACCACCUCCUGCAUCCUGCUGAUAACAUCCCUGAGAUCAUCCUCUACUGGAAACACUCCACGAUUUUUGACGUUGGCGAGAGUUUGAUCGUACCAGACGAGUUCACAGCUGAAGAGAAAAAAACAGGAAUGUUGUGGCGACAUCUGGUGGCUGGUGGAGGAGCUGGCGCAGUGUCACGGACGUGCACUGCACCACUGGACAGACUGAAAGUUUUGAUGCAGGUCCACUCCUCCAAGAGCAACAACAUGCGUAUAACUGGAGGCUUCACUCUGAUGCUCAAGGAGGGGGGCGUGAGGUCCCUGUGGAGAGGAAAUGGUAUCAAUGUUGUCAAGAUUGCUCCCGAAUCUGCCAUCAAGUUCAUGGCCUACGAGCAGAUCAAGCGAUUAAUUGGAAGCAAACAGGAGACACUGGGGAUCUCGGAGAGAUUUGUGGCUGGGUCUCUGGCGGGAGCCAUUGCUCAGAGCAGCAUCUACCCAAUGGAGGUGCUGAAGACACGGUUAGCACUGAGGAAGACGGGCCAGUACUCAGGAAUCUUGGACUGCGCCAAACACAUCCUACACAAGGAAGGUCCGGCGGCUUUCUACAAGGGUUACGUGCCCAACAUGCUGGGCAUCAUCCCCUACGCAGGCAUCGACCUGGCUGUGUAUGAGACUUUGAAGAAUUCCUGGUUGCAGCGCUUUGCCACUGAGAGUGCGGAUCCGGGCGUGUUUGUGCUUCUGGCAUGCGGCACCACUUCGAGCACAUGUGGACAGUUAGCCAGUUACCCACUGGCUCUAGUCCGGACACGGAUGCAGGCACAAGCUACUCUGGGAGGAGGGCCUCAGAUGAGCAUGUCGGGACUGUUCGGGCACAUCAUCAGAACUGAAGGCUUCACUGGACUCUACCGAGGCUUGGCGCCCAACUUCAUGAAGGUCAUUCCAUCAGUCAGCAUCAGCUACGUCGUCUACGAGUACCUCAAGAUCGCUCUGGGGGCUCAGUCAAAGUGAUGUGAUGAGGAGACUUCAAAUGUGAAGUAUGAAUCAUAAAACAUGCUGCUUAACUUGAGCUUCUCCGCUGCUUGAUAUUUGUUCAAAGGUGCAGCUUCUUCUCUGAGCAGACUGAAAAAUGUUUACAUAGAAAUGGCUGAUAUUAUUGGAGUGACUGCACUGCCUUGGCAGAGCAGCUGAAGGGCUCUGCUAAGACAUGUCCCAAAACAAUCAUCAUCUUUGUAAUGUGGAAGUAGCCACCUGUGAGUAUUAGUCCUAUAAUACAUGAUCUAUGCCGCACAGCCCCCGCAGCGGUGCAUCCGUCUUAUAUCAGGCAAGUCAACAACACAAACAGUUAAGAUGCAUGUUUCCACAGUGAGAAAAAUAACUCCAAUUUAAAGUAAGAGUUUGCACUAGAGCUCUUCUUCCUGCUCUGCCAUGAACUGCUGCUUCUGAUAAAUCUCAACACGUGUUGUUGUAGUGAGAAUAUCUGCUCCAGGAAUUGCACAAUCCCUUGUUGUAUGCAACAUAUUUGCACAGUGAUGGGGUGUGGCUUGUGAAGCAGUGGCAAUCGAAGCUUUCGAUACUUCAUGUAAAAUCUAAAAAAUAAAAGGGCGAAUGGCAUCAAGACUACGCAUAUGAGGCACCAAAAUGGGUGUCAGUGUUUCAGGAGUCUUUUCCCUGGGGCAGACCCAGACCCACAUGGACGAUUAUGUCUUUCAGUUGUCCUGGGAACCCCUCAGUAUCUGCCCUGACAGGCUGACACAGGAAGGCUCGUGUGUUGGCUGUGGCCCUCAAAGAAUAAAUUAGACCUCUGAGACUUAACUAUAGUUCAUUUGCAACUUAUUGUUUUUUUUUACAUCUAAACAAGUUAGAGCUGAGCGGGAGUUACACUGUGAUCUGUGUGGCUUAGACAGUAAUAUGGAUUCUGAAGAGAAAACACGUCUACGUCUAGACACUGAUGUAAGAAAGUCACUUCAAUUCUUCAUUUAAAAAGAUAUAGUUUUGCCAAUGCUAUUUACAUAUAUUUUUUAAUGUUUGCCUCUAUGUAAAGAUAUUUGCAUUGCUCAUUCUCGUCAUUUGAAAUUGUAAAGUUUUGCCAUUACUAAGGUCACUGGGUUCCAUCAAGUGACUGGACACUUCCUGUGUCGAAUCACACAGUGUUUGCUGUGGAAUUAGUUUGCACUUUAAGAGACUGUUUGACUCCACUUUUAUUGCGAUUUUGCAGAUUUCUGUCUUUCAUUGACAGGUUUGUUGUCUGCAUUUGCACUGUACAUUGAUCAUUGUGAAUUUUGAAGUAGAGCCAAAAAUUCAGUCUGAGGAUUUUUCCUAGUGCAACUUUUUUUAAAUACCCAUUUCCAUGUAGGCUUUUGGAAUUUUGGAAUUUUUUUGUGGAAUUUUAAAAUGCAAAUGAGUUAUAUUUUGGUUUAAUCAAAAACCCAGUUGAACUGUAACCCACCUGAAUUUUGAAAGACUAGUUCCUCAGAUGUUUUGUGUUGACCGCUGCCUUAUUAAGAACCACAUCUGCAUUGGAAACCUUGUAGUGUCUUUGUGGCUGAUGGAGGACACAUAAAGCUUUGACACUGCUGUAGACAAAGUGGAAAAAAGUACAUGUUUUCUUUACCCUUUACCUCAAAGCAUUGUCAUUUUAUUUUUAUUAAAAAGAGGUUUAACCCCUCUUUUAUGUCUUAAGAGUAGCCAUACUUGAUUUUAAACUGACCAUCUGCCAGUAGAACUUGAAAUGUACUGGGGUAUUAAACUGUAUUGACUGAAGGUUAGGAUAUAUUGGUCAAUGGUGACUUAGCGCACUACAUGUAUUCUAUAUAUUUAUAUUUGUAAUUUAUUUUGUUAUGACGCUGUAUGUUGCAACAGAGAGUAUGAUUUUUGGAAGAGUAGCUGUAUGUUUAUAGUUGCAUCCACUGAAAGAAUGUGAUGGUGAAAAUAAUAUAUGAAUGCUUCUUGUAUGAAACAAAUUGUCAAGUAAAUAUGUUCAACAUUAAAGUUCC